AUGGGACAGGAAGGACAGAAAUCUCAAGAGAACAAGAAAGAGUAUAGUGAGAAGAAACAGGAACUGGAUAAGAAAAAUAAGAAAGAAGAUGGUCAGAAUAAGAAAUUGGACAGGAAGGAUGAGAAAUCAGAAACUAAGGAUAAAAAACAUGAUAAUAAGGAUAGGAAACCUGAACAUAAGGAGAGGAAACCUGAUCAUAAGGAGAGGAAACCUGAUAAUAAAGAGAGGAAACCGGAUAAUAAGGAGAGGAAACCCGAUAAUAAAGAGAGGAAACCGGAUGAUAAAGAAAAGAACCCUGAUAUUAAGGAAAAAGUACCAAAAUCGGAUAAAAAGACAUGGCCACGCCUCAUUACUGCGUCAGCCUGGGUGUGGGGCCUCAGUGGUAUUCCUGAUGCCCCCCAUACCGCCUCGUUGACGCUAGUGUCAUCGUUGUCUGAGUCUAACACAGAGGGCAGCGGUGUGGGGAAACAGGAUACGCUCUCUGUGAGCAAAAGUGUUGAGGAGAGUGAGUUGCUUGGAUAUGUUGAACGCGGCGAAAGCGUGAAACUCUCUUUUAUCUUGAGAUUAACUGAGCGCACUGAAGCAAGAUGGGAAACACUUUUACAUCAGCAUUGCCUAUACAUACAAGUGCCAGUGGCCCUGCUUCCAGAAGGAUCCAAAGAAGGAUUUGUGACCCUUCUGGAAUAUGCAGAAGAAACACUGAAGUGCAAGGACAUUGUCAUAUGUAUGAAGAAAGAUCGCUCAGAUAAAACUCAACUUGUGAGAACUUUCAUGUUCAUUGGGUUCACGAUGCUUCAUCCAGGUCAUCCACUCGUCCCUCAAACGUCAGAUUCCUCUACCAUUUACAUGCGUUAUUGUAUCUAAAUCCGCUAUAGCUUAAUCAAUCUUAAAAUUUUAAUCAAUUUGCUUCAUAUUUUAAGUAGACUUCGUUGAAAACACAUCCAUAGCGUAGUACUACAUGUUAAUAUUAUAGUAAUCAAAGAAGUUAUUAUUUUUGUUAAAUGUGUUACUUAUUAUCGUUCAAUCUUAGUUGUGUAUCAUUUUCUAUCGUAGAUGUAUUUUUGUAGUGAUUUCUCCUAUAACUUUGCAUAUUACUUCAACUUGAUGAAAAUAGUAUAUGAUUUUGAUUGCUUGCUGCAUUAUGAUUUGCGUUAUAUUUAGCGAUAUUUUAACGAUAGUGCUAUUAUUUUAUGACCUCCUCGAGCCCUGUUAAAAUGGAUGUGAAGUAUGGUUGUUGAAUAAGUUUGCGUAAAAGAAAUUGAAAACAAAUUCAAUUACACCACAGGAAAGACGUUCAUACUCAUGUAUUAAUGCUAAACUACUUAACAAUAUUAGUAUUGAUACCACUUGGGAGUAUGAAAUGAGAAACUAUCAAUGUACCACAACGAUACAAAUUAAGAAAUACAUUUUUGUGUACAUUAGAAGCUACUUUUGGUUGGAUAUGUAAAUUUCCAUCACUAUUACGUUUUUGAUUACUUUAUCGAGAUAUGAAACAUGAAUUUGUGAUAUUCAACCAGAAAAUUGUUUGAAAAUACAUUUCAAAUGUACAACAUUUUUACAAAAAACAGUGCAACUAUAAAAAUUUUUUUGUGAUGAACUUAAUCAGAAACUAUUUCCAAUUAAAUGUUGAUAACUCAACAAUAAUUCAAAUUUAAAUGUAUUUUAAAAUUAAAAGCUGAAAAACACAUGUCAUAUUGCUAGGGCAAUAGGUCAAAUUAUAAUUUCAUUUUUGUUAAUAAGGUUAAAUUUAUGAAUUAUGUCGGUUUUGUUCAAGAUUUAAAGCUGCGGUUCUUCAUCUAUAUCAUAAACGUGUAAUGAGGAUGGUCCCCCACUCUGUAUUGCUAUUCUAUGAACAGGAUAUUAUUUGAUUUUAAAUAUCGGAAAAAAUGUUGAAAGAUUAAAAUAAUGGCCGGUUGAUUUGAAUAUUUAGAAAUUAGUCAUCAUAUUGAAUUAAAUCAGAUAAUGUCCUGUCAUAAGGUAUCAAUCUUCUAUCAGACAACAUGACCAAAAAAUAUAUAAAAAUGAAAAAAAAUGUAUAAAAGGAUAAAAUUACAAAAAAAUACACCUAACAUUAGUCUAAUGAUUGAAGGCUUACUACAGUGUAGAAUCAUUGCUGUUAACCUGAUUUCUAUCCUGACUCGAUUUGUGCUCUGAUAAAAUACUCAUGCAAGUCAAACUAUUCUAUACUUCAAUGAUAUUAUUUUGUUCCUCCUUCAUUAUUAGUUGCUUGUAAGGUCUAAUCAAUGUUCGUAAUACUAAUCAAUGUUCACCACAAAGUAAGAAAAUUAUUUUAUUUUAUUUUGGAAAAUUCUAAUUAUUCUGUGUUAUUUUAGGAAAAUUGUAACUAAUCUGUGUUAUUUUAUUUCAAUGGUCAUAAUUUUAGUUCAUGUGAAAACUAUUUUGAAUUCUCAACACUUCUAUAUUGUUAUGUAUUUAUAUUCAUCCUCAUUAUUCAAUGUCAUUUAAUGCGAAGAAUUGUACAUUUUCCAUUGGCAAGGAGGCCUAAUGUGAAAUUUUAAAUGAUUAUUAGAUAAUAGAAUAUUACAUUUUAUUUGACAGAGAUAGGAUUUGAAAUUAUUGUCCACCACUUGAUUUUUGCUUCCAAAUGAAGGAUUCUUUAUAGCAGACGUAAUCUUCAUGUUUCAAGUAAAUAGACUCAUAAAACAGUAGAUUUAUACAUUUUGAUGAUAAAGUUUGAUAAAUCAUUCGAUGAAAACUAGUUUUGAGUCUUCUCUUCCAAGAGAUAAUCUGAAUAAUUGGUUUUCACCCAACACAUUUUCGACUGUCUCUUUUCUUGCUUGAAAGUGAACUUCAAAAUGGCCAUUUUUGAAAAUUUCAAGAACAAUAGCUGAUAAUAAAUUUGCAUUAGACUAUUCUUUGCACAUUGAUGAAAAUGUUGAGCUUAACUCACUUUCUUGAAGUUUUCUAGAGUAAAUGAUCAAGGAGAAUCAAUCCUCACAAUCUACAGCCUUGCAAUUUACUAGAAGUAACUUAAAUUUCUUGAUUCAUUGUGCGAUUUCAAUCCUCUAAUAAAAUCACUUUUCAUGUAGAUUUAAAUAUUCGCCUCAGAAUCCAUUUUGACCAAAACGUAGUCUGCUUAUUGAAUUUCGGUUUUGGCCUUCUAUCCAUUUACUAACACAUCAUAUUCUAACAUUAAUAUACUAUUAUAAAAUAUAUAUAUAUUCAUUUUUAAUAGGUUAUUAGAAACAUAGAUAUAUUAUUGAUGAAUUUACCAUGUGCAUUUCUAUAAUUGGUGUAAGAUUUUAGUCAAAUAAAUAUAUAAAAUGUA